AUGCAGGAGACAAGGGUCCGAUCCCUAGUACAGGAAGGUCCCACAUGCCAUGGAGCAACUAAAACCCAUGUGCCACAACUGUUGAGCUUGUGCUCUGGAGCCAGUGAGCCGAAACUAUUAAGCCAGCAGGCCCUAGAGCCUGUGGUCUGCAACAACAGAAGCCACCGCAAUGAGAAGCUGCAGUACAACUACAGAGUAGCCCUGUUCACAGCAACUAGAGUAAAGCCUGCAUGCAGCAAUGAAGACCCAGCCCAGCCAAAAAUAAAUAAAAUUAUUAUAUUUUUUAAAAGGAAAAAAGAAAAGCAGAAAGGAUGA